GAAAUAAUCUUUAAGAAAAAUAGCUUUAUUUCCCUCUCCUCUAAAUUUCGCUGCAAUAUCGAGUCUAAUUUUUGUUGUUUUGGCUUUUUAUUUUCACUUUACGAAAAGAUUUUGUGGCUGAGAAGGCCUAGAUGAAAAUCUCCCAUGAUCCCAUGUAAGCUUGAUUUACUCUCAAGAUGGCGACAGCUUCGAGAGCUAUCCAAGCGAUUCGCAAUUUUCUAAUCGGCGUAAGUAAAACAAACCGCCGACUUUUGUGUUUUCCCUGAGAAUAGAUUUUUGAUUGAUAUUUUUUCUCUAUCAACACAGAAAAGACUCACAGUUUCUUCUCGUUAUGCUUACGACCAAUCUGCAAGGUAUUCCUGCGUAUUGCGUCUAGAAAUAAGUUAGCAACUUAUUUUUUCUUUUAGGUUUGUUUUGCCCCUAUUAAAUACAAUUCAAAUGUGAAAUUCGUAGCUUUUAUUUUUAUAUGCAAUCCUGUUCGCAUAUAGGCAUUCUCUCUGGUAUUUAUACCCGUAAAUACGUGUAUAUCCUAGAAAUGUAUGUGUUGAUUCCCUUUAGGUCAAUAUUAAUAUCUAGGUAAAUUUCUAGGGUUUCCAGAUUUUUUGGGGGGAAGAUGGAUUGCAAAGGACCCUUUAGAACUUAUGGGGAGGGGGGGUUUAAUAAAGAGGAGAGGUUUAUGAAACCAUUUACAUCAAUUCAGUGUUUAAAGUUCUUCCUGACUGAUGGUAAUCCAUGACUUAUUUUCAAAGAACACAGCCAAGUCCUAACAUCCCAGAUGGUCCAGCUCACAAACUUAGUCACAAUUACUACUGUGACCGAGAUCUGCGUCGAGCUUCAAUGCCACCAGUUAUAUUGUAUGGCCAGCAGAAGCUGUUAGAAGAGGCUACAGAGAAAGGGUGAAUGAAAUAUUUGUAAAAGUGAAUAUUAAUCUCAUAUAUGUGAAUCUAGACAUUGAUAACAGAGAGUUCCAGACUGGGUACAAACAGGUUACAUUUUAAUUUUUUCCCAGGUUGAGAAAUUUGUUCAGCAUGCAAUCAUAAGACUUAGAUAGCACCAUUUGUUAUGAAGCACACUAGCCCAGUUUUACUGGGAAAAAAAAAACCCCAUGGUUAUCUGAACACAUUUUAUUGGCAGUCAAGCAAGCAAGCAAAAAGUUAAUUUAUAGCGUCUGAAGUAAGUUUUUUAGUUUCCCUCCUGCCCACACCAUAGGCAAUUUAGAUUGUUUCUAUAUUUCAUUAGCAUUUGUAAUUUUUUCAUGAUAAAUGGACCAUUUGUUUAGUGUAUCUGUCAAAUACUUUUGCUGUAAUAGUCUAGUGUUUUAUGUACAUAGGUAAUAUAUUUUUUGAUAAACUGCCUUGUCCCAAAAAAAGUCACAGACUAUUGUGUUGCUUAGAGUUUUUUUUUUUAACAUUUAACAAGGCAUGCCCUUUAAGUUAUGAAGAAAAAAGGUGAAAAGUAUGGGAAAUAUAGUCAGUGAAAUAAACUCAGUGGAAAAUUGAUUGGUAGCUGUGAGAUUUUCUGUCACUUUCCCUUUUAAGAAUUGUUGGACUUUUUCUGUAUUUAUUUUCUAUGGGUAAGAGGUAAUUAGGUAAAUUUGUCACCAAAAGAAUUAUGGGUGCUCUGUUCAAGUGUGGCUGUAGGUUGGUGUAAUUUUGUGUGUGUGUGUGUGUGUAGUAAGUUAAUUAAUAUUUUUCUUUUUUUUUUUUCAUAAAUGUAUUUUAUAUUUUAAAUAUUUCUCUAUCAAUUUUCUUUUUCAGGGGAGAAGGAGUCAAAUCACUAGCUGCAAAAACUCCAGGAAAAGUAUUCAAUCCAGAUCAGUGACUGCUUGUGAAAAAAAAAAUAUCACAACUGGGAUAAACAUUUAUUUGUAUUCAAAAAUUACUUCUUUUUCUUUGAACUCAUGAUUUUCCUCUGAACUACCAACAGUAAUUUAUCAGAAAUAAAUAAGCCCAAUAUUUUUUUGCUGGGCAAAGUCAGCACUAUAUGGUUUCCACAGUUAUAAGAACAAUGGCUGAUACUAUUUGUAGCAGUUUGGUUUGUGAGUGUCUUUUUGCAAAAUUAUGGAUUUUAAAGAGUAUGGAUCAAACCUUUUCAAACUGGUUGACAUUAAGUUUGUUGAAAAUAUUAGUUUCUGGAGGUGUUGAGUCUUAACAUCCAUGGAAUUUUUGUGUUAAAAAAUUAUAUGCAAUGUUUUAUAGGGGUUAAUUUCAGAGUUAACUCUUUAAACCCAAAGAGUGACCAGCAUCUAAUUUCUCCCUACAAUAUUACUCCUGAAUUACACAUUAAGGUCAUGAGAAUAAAGAAAAUGGUCACCAGGGAAGGAACAUUUUGAUUGGCAAACAAAUUCUCCUUGUCAGCACCUUAGGAAAUGUAUAAAGAACAUUAUGGAGAAUAUGCAUGCUGAUGUUACAGUGAAAAGGGUUAAGUCUGAAUGUGAUGGGGUAUCUUGAAUUCUGUUGUGUACAUAGUGUAAUCUAAAAGAAUAAAGGUGAUUUCUCAUGAAUCUGACCUCUGACAACUUGCGAACCCUGUCUAAUAAUAAUUAAAAUUCAUGUGCCAAGAUAUCUAGACUGCAUGACAGGCAAAUUAGCAUGAGAAAGUGAUAAAAUAUCUCAUAAGUGGAAAAAAGGAAGAACAAUUAUCUUUGCCUUGUUGGGUUAUAUAAACACCUGGACAUUUUAACCCUUCAACUCCCAGAUCAAAUUUGCCAUUCUCUUUACUGUCAACCAUACAAUCCUUAUAAUGUUAGUUCAGAGAAUUUAGUAUUAGAUCAUCUAAACCCCAGAUUGAUAUUUUUCUUUAUUCUCAUCACUUAUCUGGUUGAUAAUGCAUUGAUGUUGUAAGGAGAAAUUCUGUCUUGGUCACUCAUGGGAGUUAAAAGGUUAAGGGUAGUUGUGAACAGCGCAAAGAAGCUAAGUAUAAAGCUCUUGCUCGUGACUCCUGAGUGAGAUCUCAGAUGGAGUGGGAGAGAGAGAGUAUUCUCAACACCACAGCUUACAGCAAGGUCCUGGAUUUACUGGCUUGUGAAAGCUGAAUAACUGAGCUGCUCAAAAAGCAUGGUAGUUUUUACUUUUACAUGUAAAAGCAGUUCUUUUACAGUGUAAAGAUAAUUUCUUGAAAUUAUUUUUUAAACAGAUUUCUGCAUUUUACAGUUCAUUGGCACUAAAUAAACACUGAAAUGGCU